ACAAACACACACUAAAAUAGACACAAAUGUACCGUUAAAACAUGUACACACAAUGACACGCAAACAUUUAUGUAUUACAAGACGAAGAUCCCUGGUAUAGCCUUAAUAGAUUGGUUUUGUUGAGUUCGGUUGUAGUGUCGGCACGGGUGUAGUGUCGGCACGUGUGUCCACGGGUGUGUUAACGAGUCACGUGUGUUAACGUGUCACGUGUGUCCACGGGUGUGUUAACGAGUCACGUGUGUCCACGGGUGUGUUAACGUGUCACGUGUGUCCGCGGGUGUGUUAACGAGUCACGUGUGUCCACGGGUGUGUUAACGAGUCGCGUGUGCCCACGGGUGUGUUAACGAGUCGCGUGUGUCCACGGGUGUGUUAACGAGUCGCGUGUGUCCACGGGUGUGUUAACGAGUCGCGUGUGUCCACGGGUGUGUUAACGAGUCGCGUGUGCCCACGGGUGUGUUAACGAGUCGCGUGUGUCCACGGGUGUGUUAACGAGUCACGUGUGUCCACGGGUGUGUUCACGAGUCACGUGUCCACGGGUGUAUUCACGAGUCACGUGUGUUAACGAGUCACGUGUGUCCACAGGUGUGUUAACGAGUCACGUGUGUCCACAGGUGUGUUAACGUGUCACGUGUCCACAGGUGUGUUAACGAGUCACGUGUGUCCACAGGUGUGUUAACGAGUCACGUGUGUCCACAGGUGUGUUAACGAGUCACGUGUGUCCACAGGUGUGUUAACGAGUCACGUGUGUCCACAGGUGUGUUAACGAGUCACGUGUGUCCACAGGUGUGUUAACGAGUCACGUGUCCACAGGUGUGUUAACGAGUCACGUGUGCCCACAGGUGUGUUAACGUGUCACGUGUGCCCACAGGUGUGUUAACGAGUCACGUGUGUCCACAGGUGUGUUAACGAGUCACGUGUGUCCACAGGUGUGUUAACGAGUCACGUGUGUUAACGAGUCACGUGUGCCCACAGGUGUGUUAACGAGUCACGUGUGCCCACAGGUGUGUUAACGAGUCACGUGUGCCCACAGGUGUGUUAACGAGUCACGUGUGUUAACGAGUCACGUGUGUCCACAGGUGUGUUAACGAGUCACGUGUGUUAACGAGUCACGUGUGCCCACAGGUGUGUUAACGUGUCACGUGUGUUAACGAGUCACGUGUGUCCACAGGUGUGUUAACGAGUCACGUGUGUCCACAGGUGUGUUAACGAGUCACGUGUGCCCACAGGUGUGUUAACGAGUCACGUGUGUUAACGAGUCACGUGUGCCCACAGGUGUGUUAACGAGUCACGUGUGCCCACAGGUGUGUUAACGAGUCACGUGUGUUAACGAGUCACGUGUGUCCACAGGUGUGUUAACGAGUCACGUGUGUUAACGAGUCACGUGUGUCCACAGGUGUGUUAACGAGUCACGUGUGUCCACAGGUGUGUUAACGAGUCACGUGUGUUAACGAGUCACGUGUGUCCACAGGUGUGGUUUCAGAACCGCCGGGCCAAGUGGCGCCGUCAAGAGAAGCUGGAGGCCACGGCCAUGAAACUCCACGACCCCGCGCCGGUUCCCCUCGCUUUCGGUCGCUCCUCUCUCCCCGCGGCUCACCACCACCCCCAUCACCACCCCCAUCACCAUCAUCACCCCCAUCACCACCCCCACCACCACCCCCACCCGCUCCCCCCGGGCCCCCCCGCCGCCGCCGCGGUGGUGGCCGCCACGGGCGGCAACGCGGGGCCCCUCGGGCUGGACACGUGGCUGGGGGGUUCCCCUCUCGCGGGGGCGGCCAUGCACGGCCUCCCGGGGUUCGUAACCCCCCACGGAGGUCCGCCCGGGGUGGGGUUGGGGCUGGGAGUCGGAUUCCCGGGGGGCGCAACCGGCGGGGGAGCCACCGGAUUCCUCGGUGGCGCAGGAGGUGGAGGUGGUGGCGGAGGUGGAACCAGCCCCACGUCAAUGCAGGCGCUGGGUUUCCACAACCAUCACGCCAUCAACCACCACCAUCACCAGCACCAACACCAGCAUCAACACCAACAACAACAACAGCAGCAGCAGCACCAACAGCAUCAGCAGCAGCAAGCCGUUGCUGUUCACGCCAGCAUGGAAUUGGACUCCGGGCCCCCCGCGUUUGCUGAUAAAUUCCCCGUGGGGGGCGAUGGCGGUGGGGAGGGGGUGGGAGGCCGCUCGUCCAGUAUCGCGGCGCUCAGGAUGAAAGCGCGGGAGCACCUGCAGAGCCUCGGGAAAGCGUGGAGGGCCUGACCCGGGGCGUGCACGUUCACCUGGUGGGGUAGGGUGACGUCUGUUCACCUCGACUCAUUCCACUGCAGAGGGCAGGUGUGUACUUAUCACCUGCGAGAGGCACAGGUGUGUACUUAUCACCUGCGAGAGGCACAGGUGUGCGUAUCGGCCAUGGACACAAUUCAACAACUGCAACAGGUGCACACCUUACCUGGGAUAGAUGAUUGUGCGCACCUGCGACACGCGCGUCAGUGUACAGUAUUAUUCCUUACCUGGUGGGGCAGGUGAGCUUCGCCAACCUCACACCUGGGACUCAUUCAUUCUGCUACGCAGAAUUGUUUAAAGGCGUACAGCCAGCACUGAACCCGGGACGGGCACGGAUGUGUCCAUGACGUGUGGACAAAGGAGUCUACACAUCAGGGACAGGUUGGUGACCCACCUGGGAUAGGCGUUGCCUCACGCUUUCCGGUGGGCGUCGACCUUGUUGUCAGCGUGAGCGAGGGUGUGUGUUGGUGUGGAUGGAUCCCCGCAUCGAAUAAACUCGAUUAGUCGAAGCGUCGCGACCCCGGGGUGAGACCCUGUGACUCUGGGAGAGGGGUCUGGGCCCUAACCACGACUCCCACCCAGCCCUCCCCCCGAAGCCGCCGCAGCCGCGUGAGUCGCCCGCGAGGCGAGAGUUGCCGGGCGGCCUCCAGGAGUCGACGUUUUUUCUUCUCACAAGAGAAACGAACGCGAAACAGCUCGAGUGGCGCGGUGGCACUUUGAGGAGGACAACCAUCAUCGCCUGCAACGCGUCAACGGGCAACGCGUGGACCACGAGCGACUGCGGCGGCUGGGGAGGGCAGCGGAAUGGAGUGACAGAGUUAUCUCUCGAGCCAAUAAAAGUGCAAGGUUUGAUGAACACUGUGCAAGCCCAGUGGUUGAUCUAGAUUGUGAGUUAACCUCGUGAUUUGUGAUGGGGUAGAGCUCGCACCGUACUCGUGGCUGGUUCAUUAUGGAUGCGGUAGGCCAAGUACCAGUCACUCAUUAGGUGACUAAUGAGUGACUGGUCGAUUAGCCAGCCACACGGUACCUGAGUUACUCGACAAACAAUCAGAAGCUGUCUCUGCCAUCCGUGCAGAUCCCAUUCGAGCUGGAUUUUGGAAGCCACAAUUUGCUUCAAAUGAAGUAAGCCUGACGACAUUAGGCAGUCACGUGUUGCUCCGUCUCCGAUCUGAUUGGACGUUUAAUUGUUUAGCAAGGUGAGGCCCACUGAGCCUUUUCAGAAGCGACCUGGC